AUGGCGCCGAAGAUGACCAAAAACCAGAUGAGGCGCGCGAAGAAGAAGGAGCAGAAAAAGACCCAGACUACACCCGCCCCUGAAUCAGAGGCGCAGCCGGACAUAAAGUCGGAACCAAAUGAAUCGGAACCGAAGGCUGAGCCAGAACCCAACUCUACUCCAGCUAUAACAGAGUCAAAGCAGGAGACGGAGUCACUCCAUGGAGACAUCACGAGACUUGAAAUCAGUGAAGAUGAUCCAAAUUAUGCGAUGUACAAGGAGAUCCUGGAGCGGUUUGGCACUAACGAAGAAGAUGAGGCUGUAAAUGAUGCAAAGGCUGGGGACAAGGGCGAAGUUUUCUACGACGACGAUGACGAGAUACCAGACGAGGACGAAGAGGCAAAUAAGGAGCCAAAGUUAUCGAAAAAGAAGCGUAAAGAGCGGGACAAGCUAUCCGUGGCAGAACUGAAGGCGCUUGUGAACAAGCCAGAACUUGUGGAAUGGACCGACACCUCGGCAUCGGACCCUCGAUUACUUGUUCACAUCAAGUCAUACCGCAACGCUGUCCCAGUACCAACUCAUUGGUCAUUAAAGCGUGAAUAUCUAUCCUCGAAGCGUGGUGUGGAAAAGCCCCCGUUUGCGCUCCCUAAGUUUAUACAAGAAACUGGAAUCGCAGAGAUGCGGGAUGCGGUGUUGGAAAAACAAGACCAAGCCAGUUUAAAGCAGAAGCAGAGGGAGAGAGUUCAACCGAAAAUGGGCAAGUUAGAUAUCGAUUAUCAAAAGUUGUAUGAAGCCUUCUUCCGGUUUCAAACCAAGCCCGAGUUGACGCGGUUUGGCGAGGUCUACUAUGAGGGUAAGGAAUACGAGACAAACUUGAAGCAUCUGCGUCCCGGUGAACUCAGCGACGAGUUGAAAGAAGCCCUCAAUAUCCCACCUGGAGCUCCGCCACCAUGGUUGAUCAAUCAACAGCGCUUUGGACCACCCCCGUCAUAUCCUUCCCUCAAGAUUCCAGGCUUAAAUGCCCCACCACCUCCAGGUGGCGCUUGGGGUUUCCACCCAGGUGGAUAUGGAAAGCCCCCUGUUGACGAGUUUAAUCGGCCACUUUUUGGGGGAGACAUUUUUGGCGUUUUACAACCUCAGGUCAACAACCAAGCAGGCGAGCCUGUCGAGAGAACUCUAUGGGGCGAGCUACAGGCUCCAGAGGAUGAGUCCGAGGAGGAAGAAAGUGACGAGGAGGAAGAGGAGGAAGAUGAGGAGGAUGUUGGGGCAGGUCUCCAGACACCCAGCGGCUUGGAGACUCCAGGUGGACUUGCGUCUGCAGUUCCAUCGGAAUAUCCCGGCGACAUGAGUGUUGGUGGGGACUUCGAUCUGCGGAAGCAAAAGAGAGGUACCGAGACGGAAGAGUCAACUCACCCCAGAUCCGCCUACACCGUCAUUCCCGAGAGACAAAUUCGUGCAGAAGGUUUCUUUGGUGGUGAGAGGGCUUACGAUGUGGGAGCUACUCAGGAAUCACGACUACCAGUUCUGGGGCAGGAAGACGAUAGCAGGAAGAGAAAGAAGCCUGGAGAUGUGGAUGUUGCACUUGACCCCGACUCGCUACAGACUGAAGACGGUAUUAGUAAGGAGGAACUCAAACGCAAAUUCGACGCCCAGAAGAAGGAGGAGAAGGGGGCCUGGGCCUUUGAGGAGGAUUUGAGUGAUAUGAUAGCGCAAGAAAGCAGGAAGCGACAGAAGAGAGACGAGGAAAAGCGGGGCGAGAAAAGAGAGAGAUCAUAUCGAUUCUAG